CGACAGAUGUAGACUUCGAGUUAAGGCAGGUCACCAGAGCAGGCUACUUCACAAUCAUUGGUUGUAAGGGCGUCAUCAUGUCUACAGCCGCCAUCAUGAGCAUCACCACCCCCGUACAGAACCUCACGUCCUCAACCGUCAACCUGACAUGCCCGGGCAUUGACGCAAAUGACAACGGCCUGGGCCAGGACUACCCCCUGACCAACUACGACACAAUCCCCGCUGAUAUGUGGGCAUUUGGCAUCCGCGCCGGCAACGAGACGGUCACGAAGGCCAUGAUCGAGUGCUGCUACCCCGGACUGCCGCAGCUCGCGGACCUGUGCACCAUGUGGUGCGAGAUCCCACAGAGCAUGACCAGCGCCACUGACGCGGACUACACCGAUGCGGAUGUAGAGCGGCUCCUGGGCAGCAUGGUGCGCUGUCUAAAGGAUAAGGAUGUCAGGCUUCCUUUCAGUACAGUUCGCGGGCCUGUCAAGUCUGCUACACCAUCUGCGGCAGGAAGAUCAACAUUGAAAGAGAAUGGGUUCGGAGCAAUCGUGGUGGCUUUCGGGCUGUGGAGUCUCAUUGUGUCGGAAGUGGUAUUGGGGCAUUAGUGAUGAUCCGAGCUGGCGUGCCAGGAGAAGAAAUCAAGAUUCGCUGGCAUUUCUUCAUGUGUAGUCCCCCACUCAACCAAGUCCAUUUCCCUUCGAAGCGCAUUCUUAUACACGGGCCG